GGGAACCUGAGGGCCUGGAAGGUUGGAAGUGGGGUUGGAAAGUCUGGGGUCCUGUCCUGUUGGGAAGCGAGCCCCCAGCAUGGAACAGGAGUUUGUGGUUCAGAGUUUGUGGGACUGGGAUAGAAGCUUAGGGAUAGAUGCUGACCGCUCCCCUCUUCUCUGAGCAGUGUGACUUCACGGAGGACCAGACCGCAGAGUUCAAGGAGGCCUUCCAGCUGUUUGACCGAACGGGGGAUGGCAAGAUCCUGUACAGCCAGUGUGGGGACGUGAUGAGGGCCCUGGGCCAGAACCCCACCAACGCCGAGGUGCUCAAGGUCCUGGGGAACCCCAAGAGUGAUGAGAUGAAUGUGAAGGUGCUGGACUUUGAGCACUUCCUGCCCAUGCUGCAGACCGUGGCCAAGAACAAGGACCAGGGCACCUACGAGGACUAUGUCGAAGGCCUUCGGGUGUUUGACAAGGAAGGGAACGGCACCGUCAUGGGUGCUGAAAUCCGGCAUGUUCUUGUCACCCUGGGUGAGAAGAUGACAGAGGAAGAAGUAGAGAUGCUGGUGGCAGGGCACGAGGACAGCAAUGGUUGUAUCAAUUAUGAAGCGUUUGUGAGGCAUAUCCUGUCGGGGUGACGGCCCGUGGGGCGGAGCUCGUCCGCAUGGUGCUGAAUGGCUGAGGACAGUGCCAGUGUGCCCCGUGCCCGUGCCUUCCCACGUGAGAUUGCGUAUGUAGCCUGAAGGUUUCCUGGUUCUCCUGUCACGGCACCUUUCCCAGCUGGUCUCUCUUGGAUGAUGUUUGCCGUCAGCAUUCACCAAAUAAACUUGCUCUCUGUGCCCUAAA